CUCCGAAGCUCUUUCAGCCUCAAGAACACUGGACAGCGGUUUCUCAUAUUGGGAAAAUGUUGUCAUGUAUGGUGACACUUAAGUAGAUUUCAUCAUGGCGGACGAAGAGAACCUUUCAAAUUGUGAUCAGGAAACUCCUGUAACAAACAAAAAAGGCAAGCUUCGACAGUGCCUUACACACGUAGCACCUCCUUCAGGGUUCUGUGGACAAAUCUUAACUCGCGGCUUUAUCGUGUUAUUGUGUUGGGCAGUAUUAUGGUCAAUUCUUGGUCAAGAACUUUUACCAGGAGGCAAUAUCUUCGGAAUUUUCAACGUUGUAGUUCUUGCUGCUUUAGGUGGCUUUUUGACGAGAAAACUAUCAAGAGAUACUUUGCCACCUCUGUUAGGGAUGCUUGUUGUGGGAUUUAUUCUUAGAAAUGUGCCAGGAAUCAACGUUGCUCGACACAUUGACAAGAAAUGGUCAGCAACUCUGCGAAGCAUGGCGCUUGUUGUCAUUUUGACGAGAUCUGGUUUGGAACUCGACCCAGGAGCAUUACGAAGGCUGAAAUUCACUGUAAUUCGCUUGGCCUUUUCCCCGUGCAUCGGAGAGGCCAUCACAGUGGCUGUUGUGGGAAAACUGUUGUUGGACAUGCCUUGGCUUUGGGGCUUUCAGCUUGGGUUUGUCCUUGGUGCUGUCACACCAGCUGUUGUAGUUCCUCAGCUGCUCACUCUGCAACAAAAAGGUUUUGGUAUCGUACAGGGAAUUCCCACUUUAGUUAUGGCAGCAUCAUCAUUUGAUGAUGUCAUUGCCAUAAGUUUGUUUGGAGUGUUUCUAGGGAUUGCUUUUUCAAAAGGAAACAUAGUGUUCAACAUCUUCAGAGGACCGAUUGAGCUGUUAAUGGGUGUUGUAUUUGGAGGCUUGGUGGGAGUUUUAUGUUGGUUUUUACCAAACAAAACUGAGCAAGACAGAUCUCGUAACAGAUUUGUGAUUCUCCUUGGUUGUGCCAUGCUCUCAGUGUUUGGUAGUAAUGUGGCACAGUUUUCAGGAGCGGGGGCACUUGGUGUUCUUGUAAUGGCUACCGUGGCCUCAUAUGGCUGGGGAGACAUAGAGAAGGCUCCUAUAGCUGAAGCUAUGGCUAUAGUAUGGGAAUUCUUUCAACCUCUGCUGUUUGGUUUGAUAGGAGCUGAAGUCAGUAUUGAGUACAUGGAAAGUACACUCAUUGGAAAGGCUUUUGGUUUGCUCACCAUAGCAGUGGUCAUCAGACUGAUUGUGACCUUUCUUGUGGUAUCUGGAAACAAUCUCAGCAUCAAGGACAAAUUAUUUGUGGCCAUUGCCUGGUCACCAAAAGCUACAGUCCAGGCCGCCAUCGGUUCCAUGUCACUCGAUAUCGCUCGGGAACGUGGUUUCACUGGAAUGUAUCAAGAAGAGCUUGGUAUUCAGAUCUUAACCAUAGCUGUGCUGUCCAUUCUCCUCACGGCUCCAACUGGUGCAGUGGGAAUCGCUGUCUCAGGUCCCAGAUUGUUACGCCAGGCCGAGACAAGACAAGAGACUGGGGACCAAGGGGAAGUUGAACCCAUUCUUGAUGGACCUGAUACUACAUGCAUAGAAAUGAACACAUGAAUCGUAACAUGGCUCCAUUGUUGCAUAUGAUUGAACUAUCACACUGUAUACUUGUACAAAGGAAAUUAUGUAGAUAUUGUGACUCUUUAUUGGUACUUGAGCUAAUAAAAGAGACUUUUUUUCUGUAAAUGCAAUCCUCUUACUGUAUUAAUGGUAUCCUGAACUUAACUUUCAUUUCCUAUCUAACAGCAAGCCCUGUUAAGAGGGACGCGCGCUGCCUUCUGUGUAGACCGCACGCUUUGUUUAACAUAUUCUGCACUGACUCAUCCACUAAAUUUCGCCAAAGAAGAGCAAACGCUAAAAACGGUAGUCUGACCAAAUUCAUUGAGGCCGCGUGGCUGUACCAUCGAGAGUAUUACUUGACCCCCGACGAAGCAGACGCUUUCGUUAGAAUCUACUGUAAAGUUCCGAGAGUAACGAGGGUGGUUUAGCAGCCUUAACCUAGACCUAGUCCUAGACCCAUAUUUUUUUUUAUUACAAUACAAUAUUUUACG